AUGACAAAAAGUGAUACUGAUAGUGAUAAUACAGAUCUGGAAUCCCCUAGUACAGAGGAUUCCACGAAAGGUUCUAAGGAGAAUCCGACAAAGAAGUCUAGUUGGAGGUUGCCAGUCACACAGCGAACCUUGCAUAUUCUCUUCUUUGGAACUCUUGUUGGUCUUCUAGUUUGUUUAGGAAUUGGGUUGUAUUCCUUGAAGCGGCUGGAAGACGCUAAAGUGGUAGAAGACGAAUCGCCCGAGGCUCCCCCGAAAGCGACAAAGGGAGACGAUGACGACCUCGCAUUCGAUAUCCGACCACCUUCUUAUAGCAUCAAAACUGAUGUUCCUACAGUCGCACCGUCGGAAACAAGAGUUGACAAUGCAUCACCACCACCAUCAGUUAACGUAAAAGGGGAGAAUUUAUUGCAAGAACUUCGGUCCAUCUUUGGUCAAGAGAUUGCAAUCAAGAUACAAAAUCGUAACUCACCACUCAAUAAGUCCUACACUUGGAUUAUUGACCAGGACGAAUACGUCAAGACCAAUCCAAAUGCGGCAACGGUACAAAGAUUCAUGCUUGCUGCAUUUUACUAUGCGACGGGAGGUCGCAGGGCAAGAUCAACGUGGAAUCUAUGUAGUGCGGUGCCUGUUAGGACUAGUCGAGGGGAUGAAAACAGGGAUACUUCCUUGCCGAUUCGUUGCGUCUUUGAGGAAGGCGAAAGUGUAUGUGCCUUCCUAGACGAGUUCCGAGAGUGUCCAGAGUACUAUCAAGACUGGGAAAUGCCUCCAACUGCUCCAAAGAAAAGGUGGCUGUCAAAUUCCUUUGAAUGCGAUUGGUAUGGGAUAUCGUGUAACGAUGAUGGGGAGGUCUAUCAGAUAGCUCUACCUAACAAUGGGCUUGAAGGAUCUCUUAUUCCCGAGAUGACUGCAUUGGAAAAGCUGACUCACAUCAAUCUAGAUUAUAACUCUAUCGGUGGCCCAAUGCCAUCUCUGAACAAGAUGGACAUUCACGAACUUUCGCUUGCUUGGAAUAGUAUUGUGGGCAGACUGGAACUCUCGGACCAAUGGCCGAAUCUAGAACGGCUUGUACUCGGAGAUGGCAACAAUCUCAACAUCAGCAUCAGCCCGCGGUUUGGUCUUAACGAGAAGCUUGGAAACCUUGACUUGAGCGGGAAUAAUAUCGAUUCUGGGUUGCCAGGAGAUCAAGCCGCUUACAACUGGGGCGUUUUGACUGACUUGAGACUCGCAAACUGCAACCUUGGUGGAAGCCUCCCAGACGGCUUAAGCGGUUUGUCAAACCUUGUGUCUUUGGACGUUCAGCAGAACAGAUUGACCGGUAACUUGCCAUCUUUGCUGUGGAAAUUUGCCAACUUGCAAUCGCUUCGUUUGGAAUACAAUUAUUUUCACGGCACACUGAGCAGCGAGAUUGGGAAUUUGAUUAAUUUGCGGAAACUGUCGAUUGUCGACAUUGGAUUAACUGGCACCUUGCCGUCAGAAUUCUCGAAAUUGCAAAAGCUAGAGUCUGUGUCGCUUCAACACAAUGCCUUCCGGAGUCCAGUUCCAGCUGCAAUGUGCAGCACCCAAAUUAUGCCAGAACUUCAUACCCUUGAAGCUGAUUGUGGAUGGCGUGGUUUUGGCUGCACUUGUUGCACCUUGUGCUGCGAAGCCAUCGUCUUUGACCCAAACAAGUGUCACAGUCAGUGA